AUGCACGAUGGUCGAAUUUCAGAAACCCACACCCAAAUCGAUUUCGACAUCAUUUACCCUGAUCAAGAAGAACACCACGACGCCACAGAUCCAGGCUCGAAUCCCGCUGACGAUCACGAGAGUACCAGUAUUGAUGGCAGAAGCCUGCAGCUCCAACCUCCAUUUUUGCAGUACCGGAAUGCGUCUUACGAUACCAUUAUCCAGUCCUCAGUGGGCGACAAGGAUGGUAAUCUUGGAUCUGCCAUUCCACAAGUAGUAGACUCACCCACAGAGCUUCCACGUCGAACGAGUCAAUUCAUGCAGGAUAUCAGCAGUGUCCUCAGCCCGCCUCUACCAACAAAUACAGGUCUGGUUAGCUCAAGACGUGAGCGCCAAUCGUUCGGUGCCUCGUCCAUAUCAAGUCGCCCCAUUGGCUCCAGAGAAUUUGGCUCAACCAAAAGCCCCUUGAAAUGUCUGGCGCCUGUAUUGCCCCUCCUUGUGGGCAUAAUCAGCCCGGAUGAAGCAUGCGAGCUAUUGGAGUUCUACUUCGAUGAGGCAGGUAGCUCGCUGUUCCGGGUCGCAUCGCCUUACGUGUUGACACACGUGCUGAGGAAGCAGUCGCUGUUGCACCCAACACAGCCUCGUGAGACAACCGCAGCUCUUCUUGUAACCAUGAUGUGGGUCAGCGCACAAACAGCGGAUAUUGCCGUCCUUCUCAUACCCGGAUCAAGACCUCGGAUAUGCGAUGCCUUGCGCCGGCUAUGGAUGGAAUUAUUAGAGAAAAGAGAUAGAGAUCACUGGCAUCGAGCUCCAGGUGGACAUCUCGUUUACCAGCAGGACUGUUUCAGGCGGGAAUUUCGAAGUGAAGGCUACCACAAUCGGGAGACUGGACCACCAGAUGAAGUGAUCGAUGAUGUACUCACAUUCAUCCUGUUAUGCAUCGUCAUAUCCGGCGGCGACUUCAAGACUGACUGUAUCCCAUGGUGGAAUAAAGCCCUGAGGUCGGCCCAGCGCCUAGGGCUCAAUCGACAGGACGAGAAGUGUAAUGCAUCCAGCGCCACUUGUGUCAAGAUCUCCUGCUCAGCGCACAAGCCGAGCGCGACGGAGACUCUAGCAAGCAUUGAAGCACAAGAAGAGCGCCGCAGAGUGUUUUGGCUACUGUUCUGCCUCGAUCGACAUCUGGCUCUCUCAUACAACGCCACCAUGGCGAUUUCGGACGACGAGUGCGAUGUCUUCACACCUCUACCCGAUGAGAUGUGGGAGAACCUGGAGACCAUCCCGAUGGAAUUGCUGACACGACGGUCAUACGGGCCGAGCACCUCGGUCACUGGUAUUGGAUUCUUCGAGUACUUUUUACCAUUAAUGGCGAUACUCGGCGACAUCAUCCUUCUACAUCAUCUCAAGAAUCAUCCACGAUUUGGAGCACUUGAUGACCAAGCGGCAACCUCAUCAGUCGAGAACCUCUUGGAGAACUGCUCUAGGAGUGUCAACGAUCUGGCUACUCGCUAUGGAGUCGAACGAACCGAUGAGAGCACGCCGAGUGGGGAGCUGCUCACCCCGAGUCCGAACGAUGGCCAGCCACACGAUCCCUCGAUCAAUAUGCGAAGGUCAAAAUCACGCACGCAAGCGCAAUUGGUUACAGCCUAUGCCACGUUCAUCAUCCAUGUCCUUCGAGUCCUCCUAUAUGGUAAAUGGGACGCGGUAUCGAUGCUCGAGAACGACGACGGCUGGAUAACGUCGGUGGAAUUCAUGAAGUGUGCCUUCCACGCCAUUGCAGCCUCGUCUGCCGUCUCACAGAUUCUCCGCCGCGAUCCAGAACUCACCUUCAUGCCGUACCUCUUCGGCAUCUAUCUGUUACACGGAAGCUUUAUACUCCUGCUUUUCGCCGAUCGCAUGCCGCAGCUUGGCCCCAAUGAGUCCGUCGAGAAGGCCUGCGAGACCAUCAUUCGUGCUCACGAGGUGUGUGUGGUAACUCUCUCAACGGAAUUUCAGAAACGUUUUCGCAAGGUGCUCCGCUCCACAUUGUACAGCGUCCGAAGCACCAGUCCAACAAGUGAAGAGGAGAUCAUUGCACGGCGCAGAGCCUUGUCUCUCUAUCGAUGGACAAAAGGUGCUCGGGGCUUAGCCUUGUGA